UCCAAAAUCAUCGGUCACCAGCAAUGGCUCUGCUCCACCGAUUUGGAUGCUGUUCUUCCCCUUCUUCUCCUCCUCUUCUCUCAUUCCAAAAAUCAACCCCCAAUUCCAUGUUAUUUACGGUCUCCGCCCAUCCGCAUCACCGUCGUUGUCCUCGGAGAUUUUCGUCGUUUAGGUUAAACGCAACCAUUGUCGCCGAAUCGCCGACGGCUUCUGCUUCUAACGGUGGAGGUGGACCACCGAAGCUUCUGUUGGAAGUCAAAGACCUCACUGCCGUCAUCUCUGAAUCGGGAAAGAAAAUUCUCAACGGUGUUAACCUCUCAAUCUACGAAGGCGAGAUUCAUGCUAUUAUGGGCAAGAAUGGAUCUGGGAAGAGUACUUUUGCCAAGGUUCUUGUUGGCCACCGGGAUUAUGAAGUGACUGGAGGCUCGGUUGUUUUCAAGGGAGAGAAUUUGCUUGAGAUGGAAGCAGAAGACAGAUCACUUGCUGGGCUUUUUCUAAGUUUUCAGUCUCCGGUUGAAAUUCCAGGAGUGAGCAAUAGUGACUUUCUUCUGAUGGCCUACAAUGCCAGAAGAAGGAAACUUGGCCUGCCAGAGCUUGAUCCACUUCAGUUUUAUGGUUACAUCAUGCCGAAGCUGGAGAUGGUGAAUAUAAAGGCAGACUUUCUAAAUAGAAAUGUUAAUGAAGGAUUUAGUGGUGGCGAAAAGAAGCGAAACGAAAUUUUACAACUUGCGGUUCUUGGCGCAGAGUUGGCUAUAUUGGAUGAAAUUGAUUCUGGAUUAGAUGUUGAUGCACUAAGAGAUGUUGCAAAAGCAGUUAACGCGCUAAUGACUCCCACAAAUUCUGUUUUGAUGAUUACUCAUUACCGACGACUCUUGGAAUUUAUCAAGCCCGAUUAUAUCCACAUCAUGGAUGAUGGGAGAAUUUCAAAGACCGGUGACAUCUCCAUAGCUAAUAUUCUUGAGAAAGAAGGCUAUAAAGCGAUGUCAACCCCAUAAUUGCAGGCUACAAGUGAAGUUUUGGCACAUUGAUUUCACAUCUAAGCAACUUUUGGGACUACGGGAGAUGGAAGAGAAAAACCAUUGCAGCAGAGUUCUUUGAGGCUUCAAAUGGUACCACUACCACCUGUUGUGCGCUGCUCACUCUUUAUUUAUUUGUAACUUGAUCAUUUCUAAACAUGCUAAAAUGUUGCUGUUGUAUAUUACCAUUACCAUUACCAUCAUGGGAUUUCUUACUAUUUAUAGUAGUAUUGGUUCUUUUUCACA